AUGUUCGCGCUCGCUGCCUGGCGCGGCUUCUCCGUUCUUGCUCUCGGUAUGUGUUCUCGUGCUGGUCAACAACACUACCUGGUGUCUGUCAACCUCGAUGUCAUCCUCCUGGCAGCAAUGCUCGAUGGCAUCCUAUGUUCUGUCUGGUCCUCCUACGCAACGUCGGUCGGCGGCGGGUCAGAGACCGCUCAGUCCUGGUGGCUGAGCUGGGCUCUGGCCAUUGCCGUCGCCGGCAGACUCACUGGCACUCUCCUAUCCACCUUACUCGGUCGCCAAUACGACUCGGAACUACUGGCAUACAAACGAUGGGAAUUAAUUCUCGUGGCCAGGAAGUGGAAGCUGACGGUCCAUCGGUUUGGUCUGCUUAGCGAGUCUCCCUUGAUGGUCGAGACCGCGGCGGUGAAAACGAUUGGCUACAGUUCCGAAGAGAAAGGUAAGCAGAAGGUACGACAGGAACGGCCUUCGGACAAGGACUGGAGAGCACUGGAUCGUCGGGAGACUCGACUGAAGGACAAGACGAAAGCGCUACAGCAGCGGAUCGGUCGGAAGAUUGGGCAGUACCGCGAGACCAUUGGCGGGCUCGAGGAGAAACUCCGGUCGAAAGACCUCUCCAUCCGCACAGCUCAGGAAGCUGGGUGCUGA